GGCAACCGACAUUGAGAAAAUGACCGUCGGUGACAGUGCCCGGAACAUUUCGACGUGUGACCUAAAGCAAAAGAAAUCGAAUCAUGUUUUCGAUGGUGCGGGCGAACACGUUCGGUAUCAUAGUGACUCCGAGUCGCUCGGCUCUCGAAAAAGCAAGACUCGUUUCAUUAAUCCCGCCAUUUAUGUGGAGACAGUGGAGUCCACGCAUUCUGUGACGUCACUGCAUACAGACUCUUCUUCUAUUGAGGAUGUGACACCGCACCCUCACACGAGUUAUAGGAGCAAUUCAACGCCCAUGCUAAGUGGACGCGACUCGUCUGCGUCUUCGGGAAGCGUCAAGCGAAUAUCGUGCCGACUGUCCGGCACAAUAACGUACAACAAUGACGACCCUGACGAGGACACCGCUCGGAACCACCUCACUUAUCGAGACGGUUCUGAUACGUUCCGAUUGUCCGUUGCCUCCUUGUCGACCACCACUACAGCUCAGGAAGAAAGGGCACGCAACGACCGUAAGAAACAGGAAGCAUUCAAGAAAUGGUUACAGCGAAAAGAGCAGGAAAGACGUGAAAAGCUUCGGGUUGAGGAGAAACUGAAGCGUCAGUCUGUGCCUGUACCUACCUUGGAGCAGCGAGAAGAGACAUUUCGCCGCUGGCUCGAACGGAAACGUGAACAGGAUGAACAGCGGAAGGCGGAGGACAUAAUGCGUCGGUAUCGGGAGACUGAGCAUAUGGAACAGGAACGUCUCAAGCGUAUUCGGGACAAAGAAGAGAAACUUGCCGACUGGAUACGCAAGAAGGAAGAGGAGAUGAAAGCGAUGAAGACACGCGAGGAGCGGCGCGCUGCGCGCGUGGCGAUCGAGGGGGAACGUAGACGCGUGAACGGCGAACGCGCCUACCGCGAUUGGUUGCGUACCAGUAAGAAUAAGCCGUUGCCCGUGCCACUCAAUCAAGGGGAACUUAGCAUGCGCGGUUCUGUUUCGCAAAUGUACAUAAAUCCUGUUCCAUGGCAAACUUGAUAGGAGUGUUUGAAGACUAUUUGGGUGCGAUUAGUAUAUUUUAAGUAAUUUAUUUUUGUUACUCGCGUCCAAACACUGUAUAGCGCCUCGUUAGACAACAAAGUGCUUUGUUUAUCCCUAUUUAUUUGAGAGUAAAUUUUCAAUUUUGUAUAUCUUUUGCCCAAAUAUA